UUUGGAAGUGAAGUUAAUGGAGAGGAAUUUAGUGUAAGCUAUGUAAAUUUUAAGUUUUCUUUUCAUGAACAUUCUUUUAAUUACAAUACAACAAAAUAGUCACAUUUUCGCCGAAGUCCAGUGACGUUGACAAUAUUUACAAAAGACUUUCACAUUGAUUGCAAUUUUAAGACCACCGCAGACGAUGUUCCGAGUGUUCCUUGCAUCAACAAGAAGGCUGCUCACUCCCAAACCUAUACCGGCUCUCACAUAUACAGGAGACCUACAAGACCCAGGGUCCAUGUAUAUCUAUGACAUCCGACGUACCCACCGUGCCCUGGAGUGCCAAAGGCCGUUGUUACCCUGGGGUAGCCAGCGCCAUACACGCCCACUGCCUAAGCUGGAUAUCCUAUUGAAGGGCAAUGAGAGGUGGACCUCUCAGUUCCAGAUGCCGGACCCUGCUCAGAUCGCAUGCAACAUGGUUAACAUGUUGAAGUGUGUUGACUUGUCCGACCUCAAAGACGCUCCCCCGCCAGCCUUCUGGGCAGGGAUAGCCACUGGAGGUUCUCAGCUGUUCUUCCCGUUCCUGGAACUCGUCGGAGGAUACAGUCCUGUGCUGACACUGCUCCAGCUCAACCUGGCCGCCAUGUCCAUCGGAUACUUCAGUGGAGUCAAAUGGGGUCUGGCGCUGUCGAAAAACCCCGUGCCCACUCCCUCGUGGGACACGAUGCGCUGGUGCAUCCUACCUCCCGCCAUGGCCCUCAGUGGUCUCCUCCUCCCCUACCCCUUGGGUUUCUUAACAGUCGCCUCCGGUAUGAUCACCUCCCUCUACCUCGACCUCAAGUCGUGCGCGUACCCUCCUUGGGCGCUAGCACUGGCGCUGUACAUGUCCUUGACAACAGUCACCGGCCUUAUGCUGGCUCUGAUGGCCUAUGUCCUGUUUCACAACAAGGAAAAGGAGAAGAAGAAGAAGCUCAAGGAUAAGGCGGAAGAUGGAGAUGAACACGGAGACGGUGGUCAAGGCAGUGGUGCAAGCGACAAGCAGUAAUACUCUGUAUCACGAUAUUAUGUUGUAACUGUUUUAGUUUAAAUGCGUAACUUAAAAUGUGUCCUUUGUGGAAGAGUUAAAUUUGUGCAAUAAU